UGGGAGGGAUAAGGUUUUCUUCUUUGUCUCCUAAUAAUAAUAAUCCAUCCUCUUCUCUCCCAUUAAUUUUUUUUUCUGCCAAAACUUGUGUGGCUCUUACCUCACCUCACCACCCCCCUCCUUUGAUAAUAAAAAAACCCUAAAAUUAUAAUAUACUGCACUAAUUAUCUGUGAAUAAAUGUCUGCUCUUCAAGCUCUUCUCAUCUGUAAACCCCCAAUUAUCUUUAACAAUAAUAAUUAUAAUACUAUCUUAUUCCCACGCCCUCAAUUUCACCAUUAUCAUCAAUCUUUAAAGUUGGGUUCUUUUACUUCAACAAGUUAUCGCAGAAAGUUUCCAUCUUUUUCUGCAUUGCAUCAAGAUAAUGUCGAUUUCGAUUUAUCCUCUUCAAUUAGAAAUGAUGGUAAAAGUAAUCAUAAUCUAAUUCCGGACGAUAAAGUUACUGACUUUAGGGGAGGUGAUGAAGUUUCUAAUAAUAAUAAUAAUCAAGAAACUUUGAAUGAAGUUGAAGUUGGGAAAGAAAAGGGGAAAUUACCAAUUCUUGUGUUUAUGCUGGGAUUGUUUGCAAAGAUAAAGAUUGGAUUUGAGAAAAUGUUGUUAUCAGAUGGGUUUAGUUGGUGGCCCUUUUGGCGGCAAGAAAAAAGAUUGGAGCUUUUGUUUUCCGAAGCUGACUUGAAUCCUAAGGAUGCUUCCAAGCAGACUGCCUUGUUGGUUGAGCUCAACAAACACAGUCCAGAGUCCGUUAUCAGGCGUUUUGAGCAAAGACAGUAUGCAGUGGAUAGUAAAGGAGUUGCAGAAUAUAUUCGAGCUCUUGUAGCCACGAAUGCUAUUGCUGAGUAUCUUCCUGAUGAGCAAUCUGGAAAGCCUUCCGGUCUUCCUGCACUGCUACAAGAACUGCAGCAACGGGCUUCAGGAAAUUUAGAUGAGUCCUUUUUAAAUCCUGGCAUAUCCGAGAGGCAGCCAUUGCAUGUAAUGAUGGUUGAUCCAAAAGUGUCAAAUAGAUCAUCACGUUUUGCACAGGAGCUCAUCUCUACGAUACUAUUCACUGUUGCCAUUGGCUUGAUGUGGGUGAUGGGUGCUGCCGCACUUCAGAAGUACAUUGGUGGUUUAGGUGGUAUAGGAGCUUCUGGUGUUGGCUCGAGUUCUUCUUACACCCCGAAAGAAUCAAAUAAAGAAAUAGCUCCUGAGAAGAAUGUAAAGACAUUCAAGGAUGUUAAGGGUUGUGAUGAUGCUAAACAAGAGCUUGAGGAAGUGGUAGAGUACCUCAAAAAUCCUGGGAAGUUUACUCGACUUGGUGGGAAGUUACCAAAGGGGAUACUUCUGACUGGGGCACCUGGAACAGGGAAAACUCUACUUGCCAAGGCUAUUGCUGGAGAAGCUGGGGUUCCUUUUUUCUACAGAGCAGGUUCUGAAUUUGAGGAAAUGUUUGUUGGUGUUGGUGCUCGACGUGUGAGAUCCCUGUUUCAAGCAGCAAAGAAGAAGGCUCCAUGCAUAAUUUUUAUUGAUGAAAUAGAUGCAGUCGGUUCCACUCGUAAGCAGUGGGAAGGUCAUACAAAGAAAACAUUGCAUCAACUGCUUGUGGAAAUGGAUGGGUUUGAACAAAAUGAGGGCAUAAUUUUAAUGGCUGCAACAAACUUGCCUGAUAUUCUUGAUCCAGCUUUAACAAGGCCUGGUAGAUUUGAUAGGCAUAUUGUUGUUCAAAAUCCAGAUGUGAAGGGUCGUCAAGAGAUUCUGGAUCUGUAUUUACAGGAUAAGCCACUUGCUGAUGAUGUUGAUGUGAAGGCAAUUGCACGCGGUACCCCAGGGUUCAAUGGAGCAGAUUUGGCAAACUUGGUUAAUGUUGCCGCCAUCAAGGCUGCUGUUGAAGGCGCUGAGAAAUUGAAUGCCUCACAGUUGGAGUUUGCAAAGGACAGAAUAAUUAUGGGUACAGAGCGGAAAACUAUGUUUAUAUCUGAAGAAUCAAAAAAGUUGACUGCUUACCAUGAAAGUGGUCAUGCAAUAGUUGCCUUGAAUACGGCUGGUGCACAUCCAAUUCAUAAGGCAACAAUCAUGCCACGUGGAUCUGCUUUGGGAAUGGUCACUCAGCUGCCAUCUAAUGAUGAGACAUCCAUAAGCAAGAAGCAAUUAUUGGCACGUCUUGAUGUUUGUAUGGGUGGUCGAGUUGCAGAAGAGCUGAUAUUUGGCCGCGACCAUAUUACUACUGGUGCUAGUAGUGAUCUUCAGUCCGCUACAGAACUUGCUCAAUAUAUGGUAUCAUCUUGUGGUAUGAGUGAUGUGAUUGGGCCUGUUCAUAUAAAGGAGCGACCAGGCUCCGAGAUGCAAUCACGUAUCGAUGCUGAAGUUGUCAAACUCUUAAAAGACGCGUAUGAACGCGUGAGGUCCUUGCUGAAGAAGCACGAGAAGUCAUUGCACGCUUUGGCAAAUGCGCUUUUGGAAUAUGAGACUCUAAACGCAGAAGAAAUAAAGCGGAUUCUUGUUCCAUACCAAGAAGGACAAGGAGUUAUACCUGUACAAGAACUACAACAAGAGGAAGGAGAGCUUGUAUUGGCAUAAUAGAAGGUAGUAAAACAUGUAUUAUUGUGAUUUAAGUGUAAUCAAUGGGGGACUAUGUACAGUGUUGUAUACAAAGCAAAUUAUUAAUUAUACAAAAGAAUGCGAUUCUUUCCCCAUGACCA